AUUACGGGUGGGGAAAGUGUUAAGAGAGAAACCCACCGGAGUUGGUUCACGUUGGUGAAGAUGGCGAGUGGUGCGGGGUCUGUAGCGUCGCUGUGGACUGAAGUCAACCGCUGCGGUCAAAAUGGCGACUUCACGAGAGCCCUCAAGGCUGUCAAUAAGAUUCUUCACGAGAAUAAGGAUGACGUGACUGCACUGCGCUGUAAAAUCGUGUGUCUCAUCCAGACUGGCGGCUUCAAGGAGGCACUCAAUGUCAUCAACACCCACACCAAGUCGCUCACGAGUGACAGGAUCGGGUUUGAGAAGGCGUACUGUGAGUACCGGCUGAACCGAGUGGAAACCGCACUGAAGACCAUCGAGGGACUCUCCGAACAGACCGACAAACUCAAAGAGCUCUACGGCCAAGUGCUGUACAGGCUGGACCGGUACACUGAGUGUGAAGCGGUGUAUAAAGACCUGAUCAGAAACUCCCAAGAUGAAUACGAGGAGGAGAGAAAGACAAACCUCGCCGCAGUACAAGCUGCACGGAGCACCUGGGAGAAAGCAACACCUGAGGACCUGGGGCUGCCCGAGAGCACGUAUGAGCUUUGCUACAACUCAGCCUGCAGUCUGAUCGGCAGAGGCCAGCUCGCUCAGGCCAUGAAAAAACUCCAAGAAGCUGAAGAGCUCUGUAGGAUAUCUCUGGCAGAAGACUCAGACAUGACUGAGGAGGAUAUAGACGCUGAGCUGGCGGUGAUCCACUCUCAGAUGGCCUAUGUCAUGCAGCUCCAAGGAAGGACAGAAGACGCGCUGCAGCUUUAUAACCAAGUCAUCAAACUGAAGCCAUCUGAUGUGGGUCUGCUAGCAGUCACUGCCAAUAACAUUAUCACCAUCAACAAGGACCAAAACGUGUUCGACUCCAAGAAGAAGGUGAAGCUGAUGAGCGCAGAGGGUGUGGAAUACAAACUGGCCAAGAAGCAGCUGCAAGCCAUUGAAUUUAACAAAGCACUGCUAGCAAUGUAUACAAACCAGGCUGAUCAGUGCAGAAAGUUAUCCGCAAAUCUGCAGUCACAGAAUCCUGGACACCCACAGCCAGUUCUCAUCCAGGUGGCUCAGCUGUGUCGAGAGAAACAACACGGCAAGGCCGUGGAGCUGCUGCAGUGUUUUUCAGAAAAGCAUCCUGAAAGUGCAUCUCGAAUCAAACUGACCAUGGCACAACUCUAUCUGACUCAAGGUCAUGUGACUAAAGCCUGUGACAUUCUGAGGUCGAUAGAGGAUUUUAAGCACAAACAAGGAAUGGUUUCUGCCCUGGUCACAAUGUACACACAUGAGGAAGACAUUGACAGUGCUAUUGAUGUUUUCACCCAAGCCAUCCAGUAUUAUCAAUCAGAACAGCCGGGCUCUCCAGUGCACCUCUCCCUCGUCCGUGAAGCAGCGAAUUUUAAGCUCCGUUACGGCAGAAAGAAGGAGUGCAUCAUUGACCUGGAGCAGCUGUGGAAGCAAAACCGUAAAGACGUGCAUACUCUGGCGCAGCUCAUUUCCGCUUACUCGCUGGUGGAUCAGGACAAGGCCAAAGCGCUCAGUAAGCAUCUGCCCUCUCCUGACACCAUGUCCUUUAACAUCGACGUGGACGAGCUGGAGAACUCUCAUGGAGCCACGAACGUCAGAAAGAAAGCGGCAAAAGUUGUUGGUGAAAACCCACCCAAGGAACAGGGCCAAGUGGACAUCAAAAAGAAGAAGAAAAAGAAGAAAGGUAAACUACCCAAGAACUGUGACCCUAAAUCAACCCCUGACCCCGAGCGCUGGUUGCCUAUGCGAGAGAGAUCAUACUAUCGCGGCAGGAAGAAGGGCAAGAAGAAGGAGCAGGUGGGAAGAGGAACUCAGGGAGCAACGUCAGGAGCUACAGCAGAACUAGAUGCCAGCAAAACAGCAAGCAGCCCCCCCACGUCCCCUCGCCCUGGCUCUGGCACCAGCUCUGCCCCCAACGUCGUGCCGCCACGGCAACAGAAACCUGCUGCUCCUGGAGCAACACGCAAAAAAGCCCCGCAGAAGAAAAAGAAGGGAGGAAAAGGAGGAUGGUAGAUGAAAGGCUGAAGUCCAGAGUCAUUCCUCAGCUCCUUCCUUGUGUGUCCAUCUUUGGAGAUUUUGAAAUGCUAACUGAAGGGAGUUAGAACUCACAAAAUAUCCAAGGAGGGAUCAAGGAAUGAUUUUGGAUUAGACGGAUGGAGACGUGUAGAAACAGAAAUCUGACCCAGGGAAUUUUGUUUGUUUGUUUGUUUUUAACCAUCACAUUCACUGGUUAAUCUUAUGUUAAUCAUAUAAAACUCAUUUUACAGUGAAUAAUUAAGUGAAGAAAGUUUUCAUGAUCAGAUGAGUGUUUGAAACAAUCUACAUUCUCAGUUUUAACCAACAGAUGUUUCAUACCUGUAAUCCAAGGACCUUGGUUUUAUAUUUUAUUCCAUCACCAUGUUUUCUUUUUCUUUUUUUGUGGCCCAUUAAACAAAACAGAAACUGCCUGGCCAUGAAUUCAUUAGUUCAUAUUUCAUCACGGUUUCAUUUGACAAGACUUGCCUAUUAAAUCUGUAUGCAGAGACAGUAACUUUGUGUCAAACAACAAAGAGAGAGGCUGUUUAUGCAAAUUCAAAUAUUUAUUUUUCAAACUCCUGGAUAUAUUUCACUUGUAAUUAUUAUAAUUUCAAGAAAGGAAUGUCCUUCGGCCGUUUUGUUGUUGUAGGGGAGGCUGAAAAUCAAUCGAACAGGAAGUGCAGCUCCCAUGUAAAGUCUCAAUAAAAUUUCCUUGAGAACAGAAAA